AUGGCUAUGCCUAAUGACACCCAGUUCCAUCCUUCUUCGUUCCUCCUCCUGGGUAUCCCAGGGCUAGAAGAUGUGCACGUCUGGAUUGGAUUUCCCUUUUUCUUUGUGUAUCUUGUUGUACUCUUGGGGAACGCUGCUGUCCUGUUUGUAAUCCAGACUGAGCAUAGUCUCCAUGAGCCCAUGUACUACUUCCUGGCCAUGUUGGACUCCAUCGACCUGGGCUUGUCCACAGCCACCAUCCCCAAAAUGCUGGGCAUCUUCUGGUUCAGCCUCAGGGAUAUAUCUUUUGAAAGCUGCCUUUCCCAGAUGUUCUUCAUCCACUUCUUCACUGCCAUGGAGAGCAUUGUGUUGGUGGCCAUGGCCUUUGACCGCUAUGUUGCCAUUUGUAAACCCCUUCGGUACACCAUGAUCCUCACCAGCAAAAUCAUCAGCCUCAUUGCAGGCAUGGCUAUUCUGAGGAGCCUGUGCAUGGUGGCUCCUCUGGUAUUUCUCCUCCUGAGGCUGCCCUUCUGUGGGCACUACAUCAUCCCUCAUACCUACUGUGAACACAUGGGCAUUGCUCGCCUGGCCUGUUCCAGCAUCAAAGUCAACAUAAUAUUUGGUCUUGGGGAUAUGUCUAUUUUAUUAUUGGAUGUGCUCCUUAUAAUUCUCUCCUAUGUCAGGAUCCUCUAUGCUGUCUUCUGCCUGCCUUCCUGGGAGGCCCGGUUCAAAGCUCUCAACACCUGUGGCUCUCACAUUGGUGUUAUCUUAGCCUUUUUCACACCAGCAUUUUUCUCUUUCUUGACACACCGUUUUGGCCACAAUAUCCCCCAAUAUAUCCACAUCCUCUUAGCCAACCUAUAUGUGGUUGUUCCGCCAGCUCUCAAUCCUGUAAUCUAUGGGGUCAGGACCAAGCAGAUUAAGGAGCAGGUUUUGAGGAUCUUUUUAAAAGACAGUUAA